AUGUACACUGGUCGAUAUUCAGCCACGUCGGUCACCAGUGGACGGGGUGAGAGCAGCGCGAGUGCCUUGUUUCCUUCGCAGCGCAAAGCGGGCUCUCAUUCAACACGACCACAGACUGCCAGCAGCAUCGAGAGCAGGUGGACGAAUGGUUCAGGAACGCACAACAGGGGCUACUCGCCCAUGUCUACGGAUGUGGAUGAGGACUCAUCUUCGGCUUCGAUCAGGCAUGCGCACAGAUCACAGCAUGCAAACACCUUGUCACCAGUAGACCGGCGCGGGUCUUGGGACACCUCUUCUAGACUGUCAGACGAAGCCAGCUCUUCUCGUGCUGCGAACAGCCCCGGGCUCGAUCCCAGACGAGAGCGCGAGCUACCGCCUCUGCCCCCGCCAAACGAUGACAAUGACGACGAUCCUCGAGAUAGGAACAAUGCAUCGCUAUACUCAUCUCAAGACUCGACUAUCAUUUCGCAAGAUCGCUUCGGCAACCCGACAUUCCAGAAGCGUGGCAAAGUGGCCAUGCGUGCGGCUGGACAGGAAGCGAUGAAAAUGGGCGCCGGGUUGCGCAAGCUGGCGGGCAAGGCAGGUGCUGCUUCUGUAGCCUCUGCUCAACGAUGGCGGACACACUCUCGACCUGAUCAGCCGCCGUCGUCUAUGGCAACGCCCGAAAAGACUACCAGUCGAAGCGGGUCAGGUGGAGGAGGUGGAAUCAGCAGCGGGUUGCGAAGGCUGAAUGGCCUCGCGUCCAAAUCUGCAGUCGACCUGACUUGGUCCGAGCAGCGCAAUAAAGCGCGCAAUCGAAGUGCACAGAAGACCAUAGAGGUCCCAGAAUGGGAUGCUUCCUUGCCACUUUUUAGGGACGACGCCGGGAUAAGCCUUCCUACGAACGUGAAGCACAACGUGCAUGUAGAUGUCGGCCCGAUGGGUUACACUGGUCUGCCAGCCUCUUGGGCUGAUACUUUGGCACAAUGCGGCAUGGACGCGGAGGAUGUCAGGGCGGACCCAAAGGGCGCAGCCGAUUUGAUCCGCAAGCAUACUGCUUACUACGUCCAACAGGAGGCUCAGCGAGGUCAAGCGCCGGAGACGACGCGCGAGCUGCUGCGAUCGCGGCUCGGGGACUAUGAGGACUUGCACAGCGCAAUCAGCACUCCUGAAACGGAAGAGUGGGACCAGUCGUUUGCUGACAGACAAGGUGCUGGUUCGAGAACGAGCAACAACGAUGUGCGGCAAAGUAUGUCGACCACCUACUCGAGCGUCUUGAAUCGCGGUUGGGCGACGAGCCCCUCUUGGGACGACGCCCCUUCGAUGCCGUCUUCGCCCAACAACCGGAUAGAAUCGUUGAGGCAGCCAAGCCCGGUCCUGCCCGAGGUAGGCAGCGAUGAGGAUUGGGGUGCCAAUCUGAUUGGUGCGUUGCCGCGUGGCCAGGACGCAAAGCAACGAUCGCGCUCCGGCAACUCUAUCAAAGGCUCCGCUCAGACUACGGCGCCGCAGCGCCAGAUCUCUGCUGCAAAUGCACCGACGCGGCCGCUCGGAGGCAACGCGCUCCCGGUCUCUCCUGAGGACGACAUCAAGAACGCUCAAAUCUCAACAGCGAGCAAGGCUCUGACCGGAAAGCCUCGAGCCUUGCGAAUGUCCGAGCUUGCUAGUCGGAGAGAUGCAUCCCGUCCAGGGACAGGACAAAGCAGCAGGCCGGGAACAGCCGAUACGCAGCGCGCAGCAAGCUCUGCUGGCCACGGCAUAGCUGCCUCGGACGCAUACGCAGGGUCGGACUCGAGUCACUCGCAGACCAGCUCAUGGCUUCACUUUUCUCAAAAUGGCGGAAAGGCCUUGCAGGUGCCUCAGGUUGCCGAAGCUCAGCCUCGCAGCGCUCCCGCUUCUGCUGCGGCAAGGUCCAUCGCGCCGAGCAUCUCUCCAGCCCUUUUGGCCGCGAGCGGCGGACGCAACGGAUACCAAGCCCAUGUCGCGCCACUGAAGGGUUCCAACUUCACUUUGCGCAAUCUCAAUGCUACUCGUUCGACUCCUUCACUCCACCAAGGCAGUGUAGCUUCAAGCCCUCCUCCACCGCUUCCUGUCUCUGCAGCUGCGGAAGGGUUUUACGUACCAAAAAGCGCAGGGAUCCGUGCUUCGGGCGCGAGCCGCGUCUCCAAUGGCAGUUCAGCCCACAGCGAAGCCGUUAUUGGGCCAGCCCUCGUUGAGCGCAGGCAGCAGUCGGGCCAGUGGAGCUCAGCUCGGACGCGAAGUCGCGCAGGUAGUCUCGCCAGCAGUGUAGAGGCCUCCCAUUCGGACUCGCACCACAGCGCGGAGCCUUCCGGACCACCACAAAGCCUAAGAGAACGACGCGGAGCUGGAUCGCGCAUACAUCCGCCCAGCGCGAGGAAGCGCACCAGCAACGGACUGGUGAGCAGUGACGAUCAGCAAUCCCCAUCGCCCGUCUCGCUGAGGUUUACGCGUCCGGAUGGCGGCGCCGAGGCUCUUCGGCUGAACGCCGUCGAGACAAAAUCAGAUUUGCCUUCUGGCUCAGGCUGGCUGGUCUUUCCCGGUCAGGUCCCCAAGUCGCCUCACACUCCUCUCAGCGCACGCUCGCGACAGGGCUCUAAAAGCUCCACCUCCUCGGACACGCGAAAGUUUCCUGUGGAACCUGCUCCGGUUGUCAAUGCCACUCGAGGUUCGCGGCGGUCUAGCAAAGCCGACAGCGCAGAUCACCCGCCUGUACUGCCCCCGAAGGACUCAGGUGCGCCAAGCACUCCGCAGCGCUCGCCUGCUUUUGCACCCCAUGAUCGAUCCGUGGCCGCUGAGGCCGAUCUGACGAACGGACUAGGCGAGCGUUCAACCGCACAGCGCAGCCCAAUUACGCCUCCACGAUCUCGAGAGCCGCCUCCUUCGUCUUGGGGCACCACCGGGUCUCGUCCCAGCGGCAGCGCUCACGUGCCGAAGCUUUCUGUCAAUCUGCGGUCCGGAAAGCUGGGCGGAGACGCGAGCGAUAGGCAAAGCCGCGGAUUUUUGGAUGACUGGCUGUUCAGAGGGCUGGGCGACGCGAGCUCGACGUCUGCGGCGCAAAAUUCGGCUAGUGCGGAACCAGCAGAGACUCGCAUUCGCUCGUUGCCUCCAGUGUCUCACGACGACACAGCAGCGCAUAUUCCCAGUGCGUUCGAGUCGGGUGAUGAAGGAUCUGAGACAGGCGAAGGGACGCUGGGGCGAAGAGCGUCCAUCUCAAGUCUUCCAGAGACGGAGGCAGGAUUUGAUGCUAUGCGAUCGCGCGCGGCCUCCCCUUGGGGCCCUCCAGCGGCUGAUCAGGAAGCGCUCGAUGCGGCUGCAGCUACUAGACCCAGCAGUCGGACCAGCCGUCCAGGCAGCCGUGCCAGUCAGUCUUCGAGAUCCGGCCGCCACGGCUCUAGGCGAUAUGCAGGACGGCGAAGCGAGGAUGCCAAGCGCUUUCCCAUGUCGACGCACUACGCUUCAGGAGUCUUCGAGCACGAAGGCUUUUCUUUGGAUGCUGAAGGUACUAGCACCUUUGCCGACCUCAUGCGUCAACGACGUAGCUUCGAUCUGGAUGACAUGAUGCCGAUCCAGCUGGCCUCGAGCGAUCCCGUACCCCCCGUGCCCCGCCUAGACGCCGACAAAGACAAGUACUCUCGUCGAUCGAGGAUGACCUCGAAAGACGAGCUCAGCGACUCCCCCGCCAACAUGACGAAAGUCCUUCCUGAACUCGAAGUCGAGGCGGAGGAGAAGGAUGUCGGCGUCCGUGCUAGCCUGAGCACCUCGAGCCCCGGCCCUGACAUGUACGCGUGGCUGCCCGUUGCAUUGAGGCAUCUUGGCCCAUUCCUGCGGGGAGAAAAUACUUCCACAGUAUUCGGCGAGCUGUCAAAAAUCGGCGAAGGGGAAUCGGGAGACGUCUAUUCUGCCUCUCCGCUGCGAAAGGGCGGAGGGCCGGUUGCGAUAAAAGUGAUUCGAGUCGAACAGAGCACAGCGGAACGGGACGGCAUGUCGAGGCUAGGACAGCUGGACAAAGAGCUCGCUUUGUGGAAGCAAAGUGGGCACGCCAACGUGCUUGGUUUGCACGAUGUCUACUACUCCGCAGAUGGCGUUGCGCCGGGCAUUUGGGUCGCUCAAGAUCUCAUGUCGAUGUCUCUUGCCGACAUUAUCGCGCUUCGCCCUGCAGGCAUCGAGCUUUCAGAGUCCUCAAUGAGUCGAAUCGUCCUGGACGUCUCUGGCGCUUUGGACUUUUUGCACUCGAGAAACAUUGUUCACCGCGACGUGCGUUCUGACAACAUUCACCUCGAUGCGGAGGGGAUUGCGAAGCUGGCCGACUUUACGCAUGCGGCCCAGCUUGCGCAGAGUCCAAGCCCUCUUAGCAAGCGCACGUCGGUGAUAGGCACAGCAUACUGGAUGGCUCCAGAGGUGGUCAAGGCGGAACCGUAUGACACCUGCGCGGACAUUUGGUCCCUUGGAGUCGUCAUAUAUGAAAUGAUUGAAGGCGACCCGCCUCGAGUAGAUUUUCCGGCGCUGCGUGCCAUCACUUUGACCGCCAAGCUGGGCCUGCCACCAUUGACAUCACCAGAGAAAUGGUCCGCCGCGCUUCAGCAAGUGCUGUCUUGGUGCACCGAGAUGGACCCGUCCAAGCGACCUACGGCUGGCGCACUGGCUCCUAGCGAUUUCUUAUCGAAGGCUUGUCAUCCUGCGCAGCUUGCCGCGCUCAUCACGACGGCCCAAGCAGUGGAGGCGGACGCGGCUGCUGAGGAGGAGCUCGUAACGUCGGACGAUGCGGAUGACACAAUGGAUUUCAUCGACGCCCAUCUGCACGAUCGUACUCGCGACUCUUGGGCCUCACAAAGCACUAUUCAGGGAUGA